CAAGGAGAUGCACAAUCUCUAUUUGGUUGCGGGAAAUAUUUUUUAUUUUCUAAAUUAAGAUAUGACCGGAAAACUUUUAAUAUAUCCCGUGUUUGAGACAGUAUCAGCAGGCACUUUCAGAAGAGGAUGCUUCCACCGACAUACCCGAGGAACACAUGUUUGAUCAGGAUUGUGUUAUGUCAUUUUACCGACUGCUUUACAAACUAGCAGGUAAACUUGAAAAAAAUAAGCCGUGCCAGAAAGAUUCACCUUUAUCACGACAUUUGACCUAAAAAUACUUGAAAAACGUAUUCCCGAUUACUUUCAUCUGUGCUUAUUCGCUUGAAGGCUGGUCGAUAUUUUAGUUGUUUUUUAUUUGCUACGUUUUGAAGUUGGUUUGGAUUAAAAAGCCAAAGGACCUUGUCGAGUUUGGGGAUUUGCAUUGGAAGUUGUACAAAAUAUACAUGAUUUAUAUUAUAAAUGUUAAGACAAUUUCCUUAAUGCAAAUAAAUAACUGUACUCUGCUCGCGCUUACGGCGACGAAAUCAACUUGAGGAGUUUAUACGAAGUUUGAGCGCGAGCUCAUUAGUAUUAACUGAAUUAUUGGAUCGAACCGACUCGAUUUUCCUUAAAGCAUUCGAUAAAAUGCGAUAGACAACAAGUCAAGGGAAAGCAGUCCCGGGGAGUGAAAUUGGAUCGGGUGUUUUGGCGAGAGGCCUGCUGGUCGGGCUUUUGCCGGGGGAUAUUUCAGGCUCAGGCGGAGUCGGGGCGCGCUCAGCCCGGCCGUGAGUGACGCGCAGUCUCGGUGCCAGAGGACGAGCUAUGGAGAGGAUGGAGGUGGACCAGUGCGCAGGCGCAGGAGGAUCCCUCCGAAGGUCGAACAGCGCCCCCAUGAUCAACGUCAGUCACAACAGUGAUGGAAUGACAUUAUACAGCUCUAAUAGUUUGGCUCGGUAUCGUCGGAGUAGUGUGUCUGUAAAUCCAAGCUGUCCCUCGCGGACCCUUCCUCUGUCCCCAUUCUCACUGUCACGUGAGAGAUCCGAACACAAGAGACAGAAUGAGAAUAUGGAGCUCAGUCUGAGAGGGAAUUUACAGAGCCUAAGUGCCUCUCCUGAUAUUCCCUUCCCUCCUGCGAGUCAUUGGCAUGACCAACUGUCUCCAGGAUUCUAUUCCCAGGACAGUGGUGUCACUCCUAAUUCCUCACCCAGUCCAAUUCGAAGGUUUCGCGGAGGAUCUGUGAGCUCUGGAGUGAGAUGGCCAUCAGUUGUACCUUUGAAAAGGAAAGGUGGAGUGGAAUCAGAUGGGCCGCCUAAAAAGCUCUUUGUUGCCGGAGUCACAGACCCAGCUCACAUAACCAGUUACACAUUCAGUGUUUCACAGUCAGUUGACUCUUCCUCUGGAGCUGCACCUGUAGGUUCAAACGCCCAGGCCAGCCCCCUCUCCCCUCCACCCGCUUUCACCUCUCACCACCCCAGCGUCUAGACAUCAGACACAGUAUUCACCACAUCCAGAGCUCUGGUGUUCUUAUAUGAAGACAAAUCUUCAUUCCGAACUUGGUUCUGUUCCUUUCGAAGAUCUGUUCUUCUGCUUUUCAGUUUGGUGCUAUGAUAAUACUCUAUUCAGUUCAAUCACUUUCAAAGGAAAUUCAUCCAAUUCAUCAGGAAAAUCUUGUCAUCUAUUUGGAUAAGCAGACAAAGGCAAGAGCGUUGGUUGGAUCUAAAAUGACAACAGAAGCUGAGUGCUGCAGGCUAUCAUGUAAUUUGUGAAUAAUUGUCUUCUGCCAGAUUUUUGGUGCCUGUGGACUAGAAACUUGUAUUUCUGAUAUAGUAUCUGCAAAAAUUGAUUGCAGUUGAGUGUUCAAGCUAUUGCAGCCUGAUGCAAUGAAUAACUUCAGUGUAUAGUUGGAAGAAAUAGACCGGUUGUGGCAAAACACUUUUGUAUUUUGGUACAUCAUCAGCUUCCAUUGAUGGGGUCCAAAGAUCUGGUAAAAUAUCCAGAUUGAGCAAAAGUCUUGAAAACAGAUAAUGGAGGAAAAAAGUGUUAGAAUCAGUGGGCUUUAGUGUCCACAUUUUUGUUAAUAUGUGAAUAGUGUAUAAAUAUGUGAAUAAUGAAAUAUUAUUUUGGUAUGUAUUAAUACGCCUACAUUUCUCUUUUGUUUAUCCCAGGGCUCUGAUAUCUGUAAAUAUGUUUAUUUUUCCAUAUAGCUUUUAGUUUGGGCUGAACCUUCAGAGUUUGCAACAUAUUCUUAAAAAUAUUGUAAAUAAAACCAGAGCACUAAUGCAACCUACACAUUUUGAUUAAAGAUUUUCGUUUAGAAUCCUUAAAAUAAGUAUCGUAAAGAGCAAACUUCUCGCACAGUGUUUACACUGCAUGUAAGCGACGCAACAAAAAUAGAAUACAGUUGGACGAAUCAGAAUAUAUGUAAAUAUGUAAUAAUGUCGCUGUGCAAAAAAUCUCAAUCGACUUCGAGCAAAUUUUUUUCUUACAGCUUUCAUUCUUUGGACAGGUUUUGUGAGAUUUACCCAGCUGUAAUAAUCAAAGAUUUCUACAAUGCAAGCAUGCAACUUCGUUAUAGUCAACGAAGUGGUGUUUGUUUAUAAUAACAAGACCAUCUCGCUGCUUGCUCUUAGUGUAGAGGUGAGGUGUCAUUUAUUCUCCGAGCACAUGCAUUUGAAAUCCCAUGUCAAAAACUGACCAAGAAUGUCUAGAAUGAGAAUGAAACUGAUCUAAGGCAAGCUGCUUAUUCAGUAACGUCAAAGUGUGAAAAGCAUUUAUCAAACUGUUUUCCUCCUAACGAAAUACUGCAUUUGUGCAGCAAAACCCUUGAGACCCUUAACUUGUGAAUUAUGUACAAACGUCAAGGACCGAUAUAUUUGCAAGGGAUGGGAUAUUGCGUAAAUGGGUUAUACAAAUGUAAUAACAAAAAAUAGACCAUUUUUACUUUCAUACAAACACUGUUUCAGUGAAUAUAAUAUUUUUUUCAAUUUUUGUACUAUUUGCACAAUGUUAGAUAAUGUUAAUCAAUCUUGCUGUUACAUGAGUGGGAUCAUAUUUACUUGUGUUGUUACAGAUAUUGUUUGUACAUUUUACUUGCGUUGUUUCACCUUAAAGGGACAGUUCACUCAAAAAUGAAAAUUGGGUCAUUUACGCACCCUCUUGUUCCAAACCUGUAUGACUUUCUUCCAUGAAACACUGAAGAUGUUAUGUAAAAGUGACAUAGACUAGCAUAGUGCCUAAAAUAUUUUGUUGAGAAAUAUUUUGUAAAGAAAGUCAUACGGGUAUGGAACAACAUGAGGGUGAGCAAAUGAUGACAGAUUUUUUUUUCUUUUUGGGGGGGGGGGUUGUUAUCCUUUUAAUAUGUUUGGCAUUGGAAAUUAACAGAUUUGUCACUUGUUCUAGCUUUAAACUUUAGACACUUUUAGUUACAAAGAUUGCUGUUCUAGAUUACUGAUUCUCUGUUUCCAUUUUUAAAGGAAUAAUCAGUUAAAAUAAUUAAAAUUUGGUUGUAAUUUACUCCCCCUCAUGUUCCAAACUCAUGACAGCAUCAGUCACCAUUCACUUGCAUUGUAUGCAAAAAUUAUGCAAUGAAAGUGAAUGGUGACCGAGGCUAACAUUCUGCUUGGCAUCUUCUUUUGCAUUCCACAAAAAACUUAUAUGAUUUAAACAUGAGGGUGAGCAAAUUAUGACAGAUUCUUUUUUUUUUUUUUCAUUUUUGGGUGAACCCUUUAAAUAUCAGGAGGAAUAUUUUGUUCAAUUUGAUGUCAUUGUCUUUCGUUUUCAAUCACAAUAAUGUGAUUGAAAAUGAAGUGUUUUAUUUUUAAGUUUGAAUUCCAAAGUUACUUGAACUGGUUGCCAUUUGCUGUUUCCAGUUGUCGAGGUCCUUGAGAGAUUAAAGAUUGAUACCAAUGUUUAUGGGUCUUGAAAAUAAUUUAUGUGAAUUACGCAUUUAAUUGAAUAUUGAAAGUUGCUGGAAUGAUUAUUUGUCAUGUUCAUCAGAAUAAGUUCCAUUUAGUUAUCAAGAUUCUGAAUAGACAACUUAGGAAGAUUGAGAACUGAGUGAUCUAUAUGUCAUAUUCUGUAAAAUCAGUUCAGUUGUAUUAUUAAUUUUCCCAUUGUCAACUUGUCAUUUAUUUUUAAAAAUGGUCAUACACACCUGCGAUAGGAUCAGUUAUAUCUGUGGGUAAGAGUUGAGAAUGAAGGAUGUUUUUCUGUUGCAAAUGUUUUCUUCCAAGUAAGAGUGCCGUUACUAAGUUAUUUGUAAAAACAAUUAGAAGUGGAAAAUCCAGUGUACGAGUUAAACAGUUUUGUGGAUCGAGGAUUGUAAGCAUGCAGAAAGCAUUCUAAUCAAAUGCCAAAGUCAAUAGCUUUCUGCCUAUCAAAUGUUGUAAAUAUAUUCUAGAGGCCAGAAAAUAAAACUGAUAGAUGGAUAUUUUUUUUACAUGUUGGUAGCAAAAAUCAAUGUAUUCCCUCUGAGUCAUACAAGAUGAAUGUCCAAUUAUAAGAUACAUUUCAUGCAACGUCAAAUAUGUAUAUUAU